AUGGAGGAGGGCGGCCGCAGCCCCCGGGAGGAGGCGGCCGAACCGCAGGAGUCCGGAGGGGACGCGGAACCCGGCGGAGGUCGUCGGGCGCUGCUGCUGCCCCCCGGCGACCCCCCGCAUCCCCACCCGCACCCUCACCGCAUCACCAACUUCUUCAUCGACAACAUCCUGAGGCCCGAGUUCGGUCGGAGGAAGGAGGCGGGAGGCACAACCGGAGAACCCCGCAGGCCCGGAGCGGAGAGCAGGAGGAGCCCCGCGGCCGCCGCGCCCGCUCCCGGAGCUCCGGUGCCCGGCGGAGGCGGCGGCGGCGGCGGGGGGGGAUCGCCGGGCCGAGGGGAGGGCGGCCCCGCUGCUCUGGCCCUGCACGGAGCGGCCAAGAAGGGGGGAGACCCCGCGGCGCUGGAGGCGGCCCUGAAAGCGCGGGGGCUGAGCGGCGCGGAGCUGUCGGUGAGCUCGGACUCGGAUAGCUCCCAGGCCGGCUCCAACGCCGGGAACCAGCCCAUGCUUUGGCCCGCUUGGGUGUACUGCACGCGGUACUCGGACCGACCGUCUUCAGGUCCCCGCUCCCGCAAACCAAAGAAGAAGAACCCCAACAAGGAGGACAAGCGGCCCCGCACCGCCUUCACGGCCGAGCAGCUGCAGAGACUCAAGGCCGAGUUCCAGACGAACCGCUACCUGACGGAGCAGCGCCGGCAGAGCCUGGCCCAGGAGCUCGGCCUCAACGAGUCCCAGAUCAAGAUCUGGUUCCAGAACAAGAGAGCCAAGAUCAAGAAGGCGACGGGCAGCAAGAACUCGCUGGCGGUGCACCUCAUGGCCCAGGGGCUCUACAACCACUCCACCACGGCGAAAGACGGCAAGUCGGACAGCGAGUAG